AUGGCCGAAGAUUGGCAGUCCCAGAAAUUUCGGCAAAAUGUCAUUAACAAAAUCAAUGAAAUGCUGCAGAAUACCAGUCAGGAUGGUUCCAAGAAUGCGGGCGUUAUGGAAAAUCACAUAUUCAAGAAAUCCAAAACCAAGGAUGAAUAUUUGGGUUUGGUGGCAAAACUGUUCAUGCAUUUCAAAGAUAUACAAAGACGCCCCCAACAGGCCCCACCACCAAAUGCUGAAAUACCACAACAGAAUAUGAUGCAAGAUCCGCUGAAUGCUUUGCAAACCUUGGCCAGCCAGGGUAAUCGUAAUCCCCAAAUGAUGUCAAUGCCAGGUGGGCCGAAUGCCCAACAAGGUGCCGGGCCGAGUGGUCCAGUGCCGGCCUCAAAUCUUUUGCAGACCUUGAAUCAACAACGCCCUGGCCAGCAAAUGCAACAGAUGCAGGGCCUGCGGCCCCAAAUGGCAAUGGGUGCUGUGGGUCCGGGUCAGCAGCAGGGCAACAUUGGUGGUCCGGGGCAGCAGCAAAUGAUGGGCGGCCCAAUGGGUGUGCAAAUGAACGUUAUGGGUGGACCUAAUGUGGGGCCCAAUCAGCAGAUGGUGGGUAAUGCACAAAUGGGUGGUCCCACGGGUGGACCGGGUGGUGUUGGUGUCGGCCCUGGUGGUCCCCAAGGCAUGCCUGGGCAAAUGAAUCAAAUGGGUGGCCCUGGAACCGUGGGUCCCAUGGGUCCAAAUGCUGGACCGGGUGGGCCAAAUCAAAUGCAGAUGAGCAUGCAACAUCCUCAACUAAAUCAAAUGAUAAAUGCACGUAUGAAUCAGGGUGGCCCGGGAGGUCCUAUGAAUGUGGGUGGUCAUGCCGGCCCAAAUCAGGGCAUGCAGGGAAUGCCGCCUAAUAUGCAGCAGAAUCAAGCUGGCGUGGGUGGAGCUGGAGGUGGACCCAUGCAUAUGGGUAAUAUUGGUCCGGGAAAUGCGGCCCAAGGUCAGGGACCAGGUCCCAUGGCCAAUAAUGCCGGGCCACAAGGCAAUCUCAAUCAAAUGUUGAAUAUGGCUCCUGGCAUGCAAAAGAAUCCCAAUAUAACUCUCGGACAGGGUCAACAAAUCUUCAAUGUAAAUCGUGGUGUUGUGGGCCAACAACAAUUCCUACGGCAAAGUCCCUCACCCAGUACGCAACAACAAAUGCAACAACAAGUUGUAAAUAAUCAACAACAACAAAUGCAACAGCAGCAACAACAACAGCAACCAAAUCAAAAUGUUGUACCCCAAAAUACUUUGGCAAAUUCUCAAAUGAUACCCAGUCCGGCCUUGGUACCCACCUCUAGCCCACAAAUGGCCGGGAUGAUGCAAAAUCCCAAUCAGCGGCAACAAAUGCGUCAAUCACCUAGCCAAUCGAUUAAUACACCUGGUCAAGUGACUCAAAACAGUCCCUUCAAUCCACAAGAGGAUCAAUUAUAUCGUGAGAAAUAUAAACAACUAACGAAGUAUAUAGAACCACUCAAGAGGGUUGUCGACAAGCUACGCAUUGAUGGUGGCAAUGCUGAGAAUUAUCGUAAAAUGAGUAAGCUAUUGGAAAUUCUUACCAAUCCCGCACAGCGGGUAUCUUUGGAGACGCUAUUGAAAUGUGAAAAGGUUUUGGAAAAUACCGAUAUGAAAUCCUAUUCGGAUCAGUCGUUUGGGAAAUCUUCAAACCCCUUGAUGGAAGUCAUAACGGCCACCUUGCAAAGUCCCUUGGCCAAUCACACCUUGUAUCGCACCUUUAGACCUAGUCUGGAAUUGCUUUUUGGCACCGAUAUUGCCGCACCACCAGCCAAAAUGCCAAGACCAGCAGAAAAACCCGCAAAGGGUGAUUUAGAAAUUCCGCAUGUCUUGCAGGGUGAAAUAGCUCGUUUAGAUCAAAAAUUCAAGGUUAGCUUGGAUCCGGCAGCCCAGAAUAACCCGAAAUCGAUAAAAUUGAUUUGUUGUCUGGAUGAUAAGAAGUUGCCUUGUGUACCACCGGUUAGCAUUAAUAUACCGGAGGAUUACCCCUGGUCAUCACCUGAAUGUUCCCUAAUCGAACAUGAUUAUUCGGCUACGCCAUUUUUAAAUGCCGUACAAAAUGCUUUGGUGGCACGCAUUGCCAAAUUACCCAAACUCCAUUCGUUGUCGCAUUUAUUGGAUACAUGGGAAAUGUCUGUGCGUCAGGCUUGCUCACCCAAUGCCGCAAAACCUAUCUGCGAAUUUACCGCUCUACUGGGAAUGUAA